GUGUUUUUCUCCUCUCGCCAAUGGGUGGAAGCGCCGCGUGAGCCUGCUCCCUCCCCGCUGGCGAGCCCGGGCCAAUCGGAAGGGGUGGUGUGUGUGUGUGUGUGCGUGUGUGUGUGUGCGCGCGUGUGUGAGUGUGUGUGUGCGCGCGCGCGUGUGUGUGUAUGUUUGUGUGUGUGGGUGCGCUAGGGCAAGUGAGGAAGGGGACUCAGCUCAGGACGGGGAGGCGCUCCUCGCAGGUCCCGGGGUCCAGGUGGCGGCCGGAGCACUUGGUCCGCAGGCAGCGGGCGGGUGGUCCACCCUCCCGCCCCAACCACGCGCGUGCGCGCCCCGGCCCCUCCCUCCCUGCCACCCUCCUCGGCUCCCGCGCGGCGGCGGCGGUUCCUCUCCCUCCCCCAGCCCUGGCUCCGGGGGACCCCGCGAUGCCGGUCCGCACUGAGUGUCCCCCGCCGGCCGGUGCCUCGGCCGCCUCCGCGGCCUCUCUCAUCCCGCCGCCGCCCAUCAACACCCAGCAGCCCGGCGUGGCCACCAGCCUGCUCUACAGCGGCUCCAAGUUCCGCGGCCACCAGAAGAGCAAGGGGAACUCGUACGACGUAGAGGUGGUGCUGCAGCACGUGGACACGGGGAACUCUUACCUGUGCGGGUACCUGAGGAUUAAAGGCCUUACCGAGGAGUAUCCAACCCUUACAACCUUCUUUGAAGGAGAAAUAAUCAGCAAAAAACACCCUUUCUUAACUCGAAAGUGGGAUGCGGAUGAAGAUGUUGAUCGGAAACACUGGGGCAAGUUUCUGGCGUUUUAUCAGUACGCAAAGUCCUUCAACGCCGAUGACUUUGACUAUGCAGAGCUGCAGGGCGGGGACUAUGUCUUCAUGAGGUGGAAGGAGCAGUUCCUGGUCCCGGACCACACGAUCAAAGACAUCAGCGGUGCUUCCUUUGCCGGGUUCUACUACAUCUGCUUCCAGAAGUCGGCAGCCUCCAUAGAGGGUUACUAUUACCAUAGGAGCUCAGAAUGGUAUCAGUCGCUCAAUCUAACUCAUGUUCCUGAACACAGCGCACCCAUCUAUGAAUUCCGGUGACAGUGGUUCAGAACAGCAACCAAAUAAAUCUGAACUUGGCAAAAAAGAACUUUGCCAAGAAAAUCGUGUACCUGCCAGAACCAGGAGAACGUGUGUUCCUGUUUCUUCAUGAGCAGACUCACAUCAGAAAGCAUGAAUGUUAACCCACAGAAUCAGAGGAGCGUGGCCAGCCGGCAGGGCAGGUGGAGGGGGCCGUCUUCGUUCUUCCUCCCUUUCUGUGGCAGUUUGGUCUUAAUCUGUUUUUAAGCUACCUUAUAUGCACUUUUCCUUCCUGCACAGCCAACUUCCAUGUCACUGAAAUGCCCAUUCCUUCCUCCAUCCCGCCUCCAGCCGAGUAGGUCAGCCCCCGGUCACCCUCAGCCUUGGUGCUCAGUGGUCCCCAUCCACCCCCAGUCGCUUAGUCUGGUAGCUCAAGAAAAGGCAGCCCCCCAGCACAUGUGUGCCGCCCAGAGCUCUGUGCAGGGAGUGGGUGAGCUGUAACAGCGUCCGCGCAGAAAUGUGAGGCGGAGGCUGAUGGCCUCACAGGGUCAGCUGGCCCUGCCCAGCCCGGCAAUGUUCACGCGAAGCGAGGCAAUGACCGGCAGGCUCCCUGGGCCUGCCAUCGGGGAUCACUACAUUUCAGGCUUCCAGAUCCCUGGCAGGAACAGAUUCCGAUCCUGCUUACUCAGCACGUUUGCUCCAAACUUUUGAACUUGAGGGCAAUACUAAACUUUAAAAAAAAAAAAAAAAAAAGAGUUUUUUUAUUACAAAAUUAUUUUUAUGGUCCCUUUAACAAGGACCCUAUGGCAAAUGCACAAAUAUUCAGAAUUACAUUUUAUCGUUUUCACAUUGAAAACAGCAAAUGUUGACUUAGUAAUUUUUAUACCUAUAUCUCUAUGUAAAUGUAUAUUUAAUCAACCAGCAGUUUGAAACUAGUCAUCCUGGUACAGAAGUUUUGCAGCAUUGCAUAAAUUACAGUGCUAAACAUGAGAACUCUUUUUGGGGCCAGUUUAGCAUUUGUACCUCCUCCUUUUGCUACUCAGAACGGCAGUGCUUCGUGGCGACUUCUUCUAUGAGGCAGAAGGGGCCGUCAUUCUCCUAAAACAGCGACUCUGAAAUGUUGGGAUGGGGGAGGGGUGGGAACAUGAACAGGUUCAAAUAACUCAAGGCUCAUGUGCCAAAGUAAGUGCGUGUGUGUGCGUGUGUGUGCGUGUGUGUGUUUCUUUUUGUUUUUGUUUAAUGUUUAAAAAGCUUACUAGAUUGGCAUCAGUUGCGGACCACAGAUACAGGCAGGGCUUUGGGUGAUUGGCAUUUUCUGCUGGUUUGUGAGACUGACUCAGUACAAGAGGGAAAGCUUUAACAACAAGACAGCAUUAUAACUCACGGGAGCACAGCACGCUGAGCGGCGCGUAUCAUGGGUGGUGGGGACAGCUCACAGCCCUCGGUCUAGAUGAGUGGUGGGAGUCUUCUGUUAUUAAAAGUGUGGACUAAGUAACCCCCAUGCAGUCACAUGGGCUCUGAGCGUCCGUGUGGGUUGUGUGUUACUGGGACUGACGUUAGGGAAGCCUCAGAGGAGAAGUAGUGGGGAAGUAGUCGGCAUUGGGACAUCUAGGAUGUGUAGUCCUAAGGCUUUGUACAGACGUGUGACCAAACCAUCUAGUCGGGCCACGGCCGUGGAGCCCUAAAAAGUUGCUUCAGUGACUUUAGGGGAAAAAUGAUUCACAUCCAUUCUCAGAGAUGAGUCAGAAAUGUUUUCUUGGUUUUAAAACUCCAAAAGGCAACAAAUGGGUAUGUCUGGCAAAGCCAGCUGAAGGCACAGUAACGAGGAGACAACGAUCGCUGCAGGCUCAGUUUAGCUGACGGGUGUCAUCUAAGAGAAAAGGAGGCAGCAGGGCUGUACUGGCUUUCUUCAUACAGUACGAGCCUUUCCAUUUCACCUCCCACACCAUGCUCGUAAACAUCGCCCACAUUUUGCAAGCUCCUGGAAGGAUACAGGCCUUCCUCAGAACACUGGCAGGGAGGUCUCCUGAGCUUGUCAGGGCCUCCGUGUGGCUCCGAGAGGUCAGUGGGUUGGUUGAGUGGGCAGGAAAGGACGUUUGCAAACGAUGGUGUUCAGCGAGCCAGAUGGGCCGGCUUCUAUGUAGGAUUUCUUUUUUAGCUACAUAAUGAAGUGUGCCAGUUGGGGGAAAUGAAGAAGUGAUACUGUCAUUAGAUCUUUUGGGCACAUCGUGAGGAAGAUUUGUCCACGUAAAACCUGCCCUUUGAGGACCGGGAAGGGCGUUCUCAGUAACGUCCAUGCAGUCCGCAUCGACUCCUUUUCUCUUGCUCAGUUCCCGAAGGCACUUUGGGGAUCCUCUCCAUCUGCAGACGGAGGUUCUUUCCAGAACCGCCUCUGGUACUAUGUGCAAUAUUUUUGGUUGACACUUGUAUUCAUCAUUCAGAAGUUAGUGCAGAUUGCAGAUUUUCUACCAUCUUCCUCUACCCCAAACAAUACCGCCAACAGGUGGGAUUUGGCUGUUCUUACUCCACUGCUCAGAAAGCUUCCAUUCUGAGGUCCCAGCCUCAUCGCUCUUCUGUGCUAGAAUUCUCUCUUCCCACUCACGUUCCCCUCUUACACGUGCCAGCUUUCCAGCUGCGGUCCAGAAGUACCUGAGCAAUGCCCAACAUGAAGUAGAAAGUCCCAUCUGUGAGCUGGUUCUAUUGGUGAUGUGGAAACCCCAAACUCCAGGGGAGCAAAGGGACUUCCCAUGUCAUUUGCUUUCAGAAACGGGAUUUCUGUUCUUUAGGGCCUUGGAUUGAUUUUGUUUUCUCAUAAAAUGGUCUGAUAAGCUAAUUU